AUGGCGCCCGUGUCUGAUAGCAACUAUUUCCCGUCCCUGGGAGAUUGUCUCUCAGACGGUCGCGUUCUUUUGUCCUGGAAGAAUAUCGCUACCGCGUUAUCAGAUAGCUCGGGCAGACGACAGCGAAGCGCCGAAGUGGUCGCCUUUUUAUCCGACGAAUAUGUUCACAGCCUCUUGAAAGAUCCGGCCAUCGCCUUUGCGCCAACCAAUGAUGCUACCGAGAAGAGUUUUGCAACCAAAACCGCACCCAUCAACGUCACCUCGGCAUCGACCGAGAAACAUAAUAUACAGCUCCUCAAAGAAGAUGCCCAAUGGUUGAGCAAGAGCGCCAAGGUAAACCCGGUUGCUGCGCUGCGAAUCGCUCUUCUCGAACUCCAAACCAGGCCUUCCUUGCAUCUCUCCAGCCCCCUCUCAUCUCAGGAUGUCACCAACCUGCAAGAGGCGGCUGGGAUCCAAAACGGCCAGAGGACUUCGUUCAUGUCGGAUCUCGGUCCAAACGCGACUCUUGAUGCCGACGAGGUAGCUGCCGAAUUUGACAAGGACCAUUCAAGAAAAAGCAGGCUUUUCGACGUUUUUCUGACCGAGCGGCGGUAUUUCUUCAUGACGAUAGACUACUUGCAGUCAAUCAGACUGUAUGGGAGGUUGCCGAUAGUCUCCUCCGGCGACAGCGAAUUGGCCACCUUGUAUAAGCUCAAAAGCUCGUCUAGCGUAAAGGACGAGAGCGUAUCGCUUCUUGCGGCGUACCUCAAGGCAGUCACUACGAAUGUGACAAGUUUGGGGGCUGGCCUGAAAUCUGUUACCGAUGACACCCUUUUGCUGAGAGACGAAGUUGAACUGGAUUGGUUAAGAACGCUACUGACCGAGGUCACGCACUCGCUAUCCGUUGUGUUCCAGGUAGUAGAUAGCCUUGCCGAUGACUUUGCGCCGUCGAGCUUUCUCAAUCAAUGGUUCUCACUGAUGGACCUGUGCAACUUUUUCGACGACAUUCAGCCUAUCAACCACGUCAUUGGGGAAUUAAUCCUCCCUAUAAAGACACUUGCUGCGGGUGUCUCCCUUGCGCUUCUCAAACCAGCUCGGUCCCUGACGUUCUUGGCCGAGCGGGAAGAGGAACCUACCCCCAUGGAUGACAUGUAUGAUUCCUAUCUGAUCCUAUCGGAUGUUUUGGAGCAAAUACAUAAAAGCGUAAUCAAUGCUGCGAGCGUAGACUGCGAAAGCGCCACGCCUGUCAUAUUUGCCUGGACUCUGCUCCUCCACCGCAUGAAUUUCUCCUACCAGAAUCGAAUCGACAAAAGAGACAAUCUGCUGCAGCAAAAUGCCCGGGAGACGUUCGAGUCUGGUGGUGUUGUUCGACCCACUGCUCGGCGAAACUCGGCCGGCAGUAUUUUCUCGAUUGAGUCUUCCAAGUUUGAUGGCUUCCUCGAGAAUUCAGCGACGGCCAGGGAUCUGCAGGUUGUUGAGCAGCUGGCAUCAGGAGCUACGGCGCAUGGCAAAGUCUUCGACAUCAUGGCCAACAUGGCCAGAAGCCUCGGCCCAUCGUCUGAAGGAAGCAUGACCCCGCUGCUGAGUUCUCGGUUAAGAAACACUUUUCUUGAAAUGCUCAAGAUCUCAUACCCCAUCGUCGGAUAUCAGUCCGAGCCGGUCAGCUCGCUGCUCGCUCAACUCGAUCAAGGACGGGAUUACUGGCAGCUGGUGCCUGGGCAAGGCCUGGCUCCGUCUCAAGAUGUCUUGACAAGCAUGCUCCAGGAUGACUAUUCGAUGGAUUUUUAUUUCCAGCAAGCUCUCGACAGAUUUCCUUACGAGUUUCUCCCGUUCAUCAGCAUGUGCAGGGCUCUUUGCACUGCCGCUGCUGAUGUGGACCGGUCCGAACUAAUCCUGGGGUUGCUGAGAAACACGCCGACUGUUACGUUUGCAAUUCCAGACUCCUUCCAAGGUUACGAUCUAGUCCAAGAGGACGAAAACACGAAUGCCUUUGUCCUCCAAGAGGAGAUUUUCCUCAUAUCGCCGUCUUCUUCCUGGGGUAGACGAUACGUUGAAGACGACGCUUACAGGCUGCCCAUCGGGAGCUACGGCCGUUUCAUCACCGACACUGGGCGAGUGGCUCUAAUGGAAUUCCCCCAUUCUUCACUCUCUCUUCUUGGUCGUCAACUCGAAAUCAGUUUAAUCAAGGAAGGUUACCGGUGUGUACUGGGCAUGUUGCAGCCGGAGGAGAUUGCCGAAGUCAUCUCGCUCUUUGCCACUCUCCUUCGCAUGGAAAGCCUUCGUACAGGAACGCACCCAAGCGCCGCCCUCAUGCACGCAGAGAGUGACAUCUUGGCCGAGGCCAGCAAGCACAUCAGCGGAGGCAAAGAUGUCGUCACCGUGAUUUGCGACACAAUGGACUACUUUAUGCAGGACGAGCUGGCGACAAGCGAGGAAGCGACGAUCAACGUGUUGACUAGCUGCGUCAAGUUUCUGAGUUCUAUUCUCCCCUCUCAGCCAAGUCGAGUUUGGUCCUACUUGGCAAGAAGCGAGUUGCUCAACUCUGACUCGAGGGCGGGCAAACUGGCGAAGAUUACCGGCAAUCUCGACUUGGUAUCGGAAAAAUUCGAGUUUCUCUUCUCCUCGCUGUCGCUCUUCUCUGAGCUGAUCGACACUGCCAUGAGCUCGGCCGUCCAAAGACGAGUUGGAAACAAACCUGCGACCAGGCAAAAGGCGGAGCCAAAUCCAUGGCUUGGAACGGCGGACAAGGUGCUGGCCAAAGUGAGCAUGUCAAUAGCACACGCGUCAGUCGAUGUGUUUGAGAGCACAUGCACAUGGCGCUUCGACACGGAGAUCAAGCGCGUAUCGUUACUAGGCAAUGUAAUAUCCGUGCUGAGCAGACUGGUUGAGUACAGCUACGCCAUGGGCGAAUCUCCUACCUCCGACAGCCUUCUUUCUUGCCUGCGACCCGCGGGCUUUUACGUCGUCGAAUGCUUCAUAACCCCGACAAGCGGAACACUCCGAUUUCAGCCUAUUCUUUCUUCUCUAAUCACCACACUCACCAUGGCCCAGUCAACCUUGUAUUCUACUCGCACCGCCAUUGCGAGGCACCAGGCGAGCUCGAUUCUGCAAUUCUCCACCACCCUUCUCAGGACUGCAAAGUAUCUUGGCAAGUCGUCGGCCGCGUUUGAAACUUGUCUUUUCAAAAGCUCCACCCUUGUCGCUCGCAUGUGCGCCGUCUCCGACGCCUUCAGAGGAGAAGCAAUUGCAUUACUCGAGGCGCUGGUUGUCAACGCAGCAUCCACAAACUCGGAGCCGCCAUCCCUGCUGGGCUAUCUAGGACCCCAUAUUUCCAAGUCCUUCAUUCAAGUCUUGGCUUCGCUGGGAAAGCCCUUCAAUCUGACGCGGGAGGUCGGCACAACGUGGGAGUUUUUCUCGUCGGUGCUCCGCAACAGACAACAGUGGAUGUCAAACUGCCUUCUCACGGGGCAGACUCCUCGGGAGGCUAUGAAGCAGGAAAAUAAGAAGAGCGAACUUACAGCAGACUCUCUAUUUGCAACGGCCCUUGGCAAGUUGAAGAGGUUGAAGGAAAUGGAGCCGCAAGAGUCCCUCGCCAUUCUAGACUUUGUCGCCUCGGCGCAAAAUUACUGGCCUUGGACAGUCUUCACUCUGCUCAGAGACACUUCAUACAUUGAUGGUUUGCGCAGCUAUGCACGCGAUCUGAAACCAUGGCAGUUGACUGUCAGAUCGGAUGCUGUUCGAACCAGCAUUGACGCCAGGAUAGCAGCUUACAUUGCCGAGAUCCUGGCUAUGCAGCUGUACCACUCGAGACAUCAAGGGGCCUCGGACGCUUUAGCCAAGAGCCUCGUUGCCGAUCUGGAUUAUUACCUUCGGGAUGGGGUGGAAGUGGCAGGUUUCAACCAGUCCCUGCACAACAACCUUGCCCGAAAUUUCGCAAACAAGUAUGCCGGCUGCUCGCUAGACAACUUCAAGCGAACAGUGUUGCAGCAUCGGGAUCUCGGCAAGAACUACUACUACGACGUCGAACGGGCUAACGACAUGCUGAGCUUCGAUCCCGGCUGGCUCGGACGGAAAGGAAACGGGUUCCGAAAUGAAAUGGAGCUGGCGAACGCGAACCUGUCGCUGGUUGAUGCUCAAAUAGCCCUUUUCCAUGCUUGGGAAUUUCUCCUGUUAGAGUUGAGCACCAGCCUACCGGGUCACGAGACGGUGGCGAAGCAAAUGCUACAGGUCGCGCAGCAAUGCUUGAAUGCUAACCAAGGCGCUCCUGGACCGGAGAGCAUAUUCGUCAAGCUUGUCGAUUCCCGAGCAAGUUUGGCGCUGGUGCUGGUCCAGCGGCUUGCCAAGCUGUCCACUGUCGCCGUCCAGGACAUUAACCAACUACUGGGCACCUUGGUCGGGACCAUACACAGCGUCGAAGAGCCAUUCGGGAAGGACUCCAUCUCCUAUUAUCGCACCCUGCUCAAAGCGCUUUUCGUGACGCUGAGGGCCUACCAUUCUUGCGGCAACAAGGGCGUCGGCGAUUCCGCGGUGGAUCUGGGAGGCUCGACGGUAACCGUCACGCAAACAGUGCUCAACCUCUUGGACCACGUCGUGGGACGAGGAUUCCGCUCCCUCGUGAGCCUCAUCCACGACAGCGACUCGGACAUCUCCCCCGACGACUUGGCGUUGUUGACGGCGAUUCUGCAGGCUUGCUUGAGUCUACCCAACUUGGACCAGUCGCCGACACAGAUCCUGAACAUCAUGGCCGCGCAUGACGUUGUCAACGCAGCCACGUCUCUGUUCUCGUGGGCGGACAAGCUGUCGCAGCAGGGCGACCCUGUGUACGGCGAACUCAGCCUCUUGUUCUUGCUGGAGCUGUCCACCUUGCCCCUCGUCGCCGAGCAGCUGGCCUGCGACGGCGUGCUCAGCAGCUUGCUGUCCGCCAACCUGUCCAAGUACAUGCUCAAAACCACCGUCUCCCCGUACGCGGAGACGCCCGUCGCGCAAAGGUGCUACGCCAUAUGGGUGAAGGGCUUCCUACCCCUGAUGCUCAACUUGCUCGCGGCGCUUGGCGCCACCCUCGCCCCAGAGGUCACCUACGUGCUGAACCAGUUCUCCCACCUGCUCCGCGCCAGCGUCGAUCGGUUCGAGGCACCAGGCGCCUCGCGAACCAUGUCCAGGUCCGCGGGCCAGCACCUCACGCUGCUCGCAACGUCGGAGAUCCACUCCCUGGCCCUUCUCACCAGGGUGCUCUCGGCCCUCGGCGCCAAGAACAACCGCGACGUCCCCGCCGUGGAGUGGGAUGCCAACGGCGUGCUGGAGAAUGUCGAGUUCUGGCUGUCGAGCAAGAGGCUGCUCAAAGAACGCCUCCUGCCGCUGGGCUCUCGCGAGCUGGACUGGAAGAACACGCGGAGGGAAGCCGGUGCGGCAGGCGGGAGUGAGAACUUGCUCGAGGAGAAGAUUGUUUCCCAGCUGGAGACUGUGAGGGACGUGUUGAACGAGGAACUCGACGGCUGA